AUGGCGCAACAAAACGCACAUGAAUUUCUAAAAUCCGUUAACGAACUUUGCAACUUGGCCACUGCCGUACAAGUCUUCGAGCGCCGAUGCCAAGACUUACAAAACCACCUCGAUUCCAUCCAAAGCACAAUCGACGCCAAAUUCUGCCGAGUCCUUGCUCUUGCCUUCCAUUAUGCAUUUUCCUUGGGCCAAAAUAAUCUCACCUUCUUAAAUAAUUUCUUCAAUGGGCUUCACUUGGUUUCCAUGAAGCUUCACUAUCUCUGUGAGAUGAUGUGUAGCCGCGACCUUAGACACCUUGUCACGCAUCUAUCGGACGUUGAAACCCUCUAAUUGAGACUCACUUCGACACUAAAAUUGGCUCCGAAGCCGGCGAAACUUGUGUUAGAUUGUGUGGGGCAUCUCUUUUUACAAGGUUUACAAGGCUACACCAAGGACACUCCCAUGACAUCUUGCCAGGCUUCGGUUCUUGUGUUAGAGUUCUUCCUCAGAUUGAUUACUAAGAGCGAGAGCCACACUGAGAUUGAUAAAUCGAUAAAACAAGAGGCCGAGAAGGAUUCUAUUGCCUGGAGAAAGAGACUGCUUAGUGAAGGAGGUUUGAGUAAAGCUUGUGAGAUUGAUGCCAGAGGCUUACUUCUGUUCGUUGCUUGUUUUGAGAUUCCUAAAGUUUUUAAGAAUGAAGAUGUUAGGGAUUUGAUUAGGUUUAGUAAUUUCACGGAGAUUGUGAUUUCCUUAAACGGUGUCGUGUUAUUAUUGCAAGGGUUCCAGGCAUGUGCUCAUCCUUACUCUUUUUUGCAUUUUGUGUUUUCCGUAUGUUUGGAGGGCAGGGAACGGAAUACAUACAUUUGA